UUGUUAAUUUGUUUGUCGUUUUGGGUUUUGGUAUGGUAUGGUGAUGGAGAAUUUGAGUUAGGUUAGGUUGAUGUUGAUAGGUUUUUGUCAUAAUCAAUUAGGAUAGGCCUACUUUGAUUUAUUUGGUGAAAACUGAAAAGUACUGUGGAGGUUGAACUUGUCUUCGACUUUCCCACGAGGUCUCUUUAAACUUAGUUCUUUGGGUAGAACUUUGUAGGCUAGUUGGGUUGAACAAGGUCCAGAAAAUAAACAUAAUUGUGUUCUGCAUAAUUGCAUUUAAUCCUUUAUACUUAUCAUGUCUUCAGUGGAAAGAAACAUCAAUUCAGAGGCUGAAACCAUCUUUCAUAGCGAUCCUUUUUUAGAUAGUGUUGCUAGGUAUUUCAUUGGAAACAAUAACCGCUACAGAGAGAAUAUAAUCAUACCCAAAUCAAUGGGUCCUGUUUACAUUAAAACAAAUGAAGAAAAAAUGAUUGAGGCUGCAUUUGAAAGUUGUGCAUUUAAAACCACAAUAAGUUGUGUUGCUGGAUUUGGCUUAGGAGCAGCUUUAGGACUAUUUUCUUCCAGUGUAAAUCCUACAAUUGUACCGGGCCAAGAAUUAAAAACUCAAAGUGCUCGAGAAAUCCUUCGAGAAAUGAAAGGCUCAAUGCUAAGCUAUGCCAAAAAUUUUGCAAUGGUUGGAGCAAUGAUCUCUGCUAUCGAAUGCACAAUUGAGUCGUACCGAGGCAAAUCCGACUGGAAGAACGGAACCUACGCAGGAGGGGUCACUGGAGGUCUAAUAGGUCUGAGAGCGGGAGUGAAGGCAGGUGCUGUUGGGGCCGCAGGGUUUGCGGCGUUCUCUACACUCAUUGACUACUACAUGCACAGUUGAAUCUGUUUAGGCCAAUCUUUAUUGUUUUGUAUAUUAUACUGUUUAUGUAAUUAGUAAGUUGAAUAGCUAAGUAAGUGAAAUAAAUGUUUAUUAUGCA